AUGGAGCGAAACGCUUUGAUUCAGCAGCUGCUGCAGCAGAAGCUCGCACUGGAGGAGCAACUGCGGGCGGAGCAGCAGCGCCUGCAGUCGUCGCAGCAGCACUCGGCGAGCGUCCCCGCCCUGGCAGGCGACGGCGAGGGCGACGUGGAGCAGUCGCUGCGACCCGUGCACGCAUGGCGGUGGGAGCAGCAGCAGCAGCAGCAGCAGCAUCAGCAGGGGCAAGCGGGUGGGUCGGAUGAGAAGGCGCUGCCACUGCAGCAGCAGAAGCAGCAGCACGAGUCGGGGCAACAACAGUCGCACGAGAAGCAGGAGCUGGGAUCGCAGCAGAAUGAGCGUGAGAGGGAGCAAGGCGAGCAGGAUUCAGCAUGCCAUGCCCUGUCAGUGUCCACACCCCAGUUAUGCCGCCCGCCAAGGGCUCAGCAGCGGUACAGGCAGAGCGAGAGCGAGCAGCAGCAGGAGGAGGAGGGGCGGGACAGCGAGCAGUCUCCGCAGAUCCACUCGCUCUCACCCUUGCAGCCGCUUUCCCCUGCUGCCCCGCCGGAGCAAGUUAUGCAACAGCAGCAGCAGCAGCAGCAGCAGCAGCAGCAGCAGCAGCAGCAGCAGCAGCAGCAGGAGUGUAACGCAUUGCAGCAACAGCAACAGAAUCAAGACCAGCUGUCGCCGCAACAGGAGCUGCAGCAGCAACGCCAGCAGGAGAAAAAGGAGCAGGUGCCGCAACAACCGCAGCAGCAGCAAGAGCAGCAGCGGCAGCAGCAGGAACACCAGCAGCUACAACAGCAGCCUAUUCAGGAGUGGGUGGUGGCGGUUUGGGAGGUGUGGGUGGUGUGGGUGGGGUGCAUGGUGUGCGUGGCAGUGACAGGCAUGGCAUGGAUGCAGAGAUCCAUGCACACUACUAGCACGGCCGCCCAGCAACGUGCUGGCGGUGCUGCCAGCGGGCAGCGGCAAGAGCCUGUGCUUCCAGCUCGCCGCCGUGCUGCUGGGGGGCGUCACCCUUGUCGUCAGCCCCUUCCGCGCCCUCAUCCGCAACCAGGUUUGAUGGGCCGGAGAGGUGGGGGAAGGGAGGGAGGGGGAGGGACGUGGGGGGGAGGGAGGGAGGGGGAGGGACACGGGGAGAAGGGGAGGGAGGGGAAGGGAUGUGUGGGGAAGCAAGGGAGGGGAAGGGGCGUGGGGAAAGGGUGUGAGGAGAGGAGAGUGAGUGUGCAGGCGCUGCGGCAGCUGCCGAUCUGUGUGGGCAUGGUGCUGGGGCACCCGUCCAUGGAGGACCGCCGCCACCGCCACGCCGUCUUUGCUGCGCUCAGAGGCGACGCCCACACGCCGCUCUCCCUGCCCCGCCACUCGCCCUCCACCCCCAACGCCAGCAUCGCUGCAGGCCACGCACCUGGGAGCAGGGAAGAAGGGGUGGCGGCGGGUGCGGGUGUGGCUGCGGGUGCGGGUGCGGGUGUGGGGUGGGAAGGUCCAGGGAGGGAGCACCUGUGUGUGUACGUGACGCCAGAGGCGCUGGAGAAGUGCCGGGAGUUGACAGCAGCGCUGCAGCAGUGCUAUGAGCGGAGGGCACUGCGACUCAUUGUGGUGGAUGAGGCGCAUCACUGCAACGGCAGCGACCCCUUCCGCCCCUUCCUCAAGAUAGUGGGCGAGCACCUGCGCGGCUGCUUCCCGGGCGUGCCUGUCUUCGCCAUCACUGCGACAGCCAAUGGGGCAGCGCAGCAGGAGCUGCGGGCGAGGCUGGGACUGCAGAUGAGCAACACGCAGACCUUCGUCUCCUCCAUCCGCCUGCCCCACAUGCGCUACGAGGUGCGGGUGAAGCGCAAGAGUGUGGUGGCAGACAUGGUGGAGUUCAUUCAGAGCACGUACCCCGGGCACACAGGCCUCGUGUACUGCUGGCGCCGCGAGGACACCGAGGAGGUGGCUCGGAAGCUGCGGCAGGCAGGAGUGUCAGCGCUGGCAUACAGUGCAAAGCUGGGCGUGGCUGACAGGGACGACCACCAGGACAGGUGGCGGAAGAAGGAGAUUCAAGUUCUUGCAGCAACGAAUGCCUUUGGAGCGGGCAUCCACCAGGCCGAUGUGCGGUAUGUGAUCCACUACAGCAUGCCCAAGUCCAUGGAGAGCCUCUACCAGGAGAGUGCGAGGGCGGGCAGGGACAAGCUGCCAUGCCACUCCAUCGUCUACUUCUCCCCGGCAGACCUCGGCUACAUGAAGCGUGCGUGUGGGCCGGGGAAGAUACGAGAGUUCCACACCUGCAACCAAGUGGCCGCCUACUGCAUGAAUCGCAGUGUGUGUCGGCACAAGCUGCUGCUGCGCCACUUUGACCUCGACAGCCCCGACGAGCAGCCCUGUGGAGGCUUUUGUGACAACUGCAGCAACUCCAGGGGCUUCGAAGAGAAGGACGUCACUCCGUACGCCAUGCUGCUGGCGCGCAUCCUGGCGGACUCGCCCACGUCCCUCACCGCCCCCCAGCUCGCCCACGAGUUAUUCCGCUCCGGCGCUGCCUCCG